GUGCUCUAAUUCACAACUCACAAGACAGGUGGGAAAAUAAUUCAGAACUACUUAAACUUCACAUUUCUUACAACAACGUAAUGAAUGAGACUUCUCCUCGUCCACUUCCAACAACCACUCAACCACUUAUAAAUAUUACACACUCCAUCACAUCUCUCUCUUACACCAAAACACUCAUUUCAACAAACACAAAAUGAGCUCUUCCGACACACAAACACUCCACAGUUUCCCACCCUUCUUUCAGAUCCUCCAAAACGGCGUCGUCAAGCGCUUUUUCGACGAUAAAUUAAUUUCCCCCACUAAUGACACUCCAGACAGCCACGGGGUCAUCACGCGAGACGUCGUCGUUCCGUCUGAGAACAAAGUUGGCGCGCGUCUCUUCUUGCCCGCGAAUUCUGACCCGACCCGGAAGCUCCCGGUUCUGGUUUAUGUCCAUGGAGGCGCGUUCUCAAUCGGGUCGGCUUUUUCCGAGGCUUACACCAAUUAUGUGAGCUCUGUUGUGGCUGAGUCCGACUUUAUCGCGGUCUCGGUUGAGUACAGAUUGGCGCCGGAGAAUUUAAUGCCGGCGUGUUACGACGAUUCUUGGGAAGUUUUCAAAUGGGUCGCGUCGCAUGGGUCGGGUCAAGGAUCCGACCCGUGGCUGACAGAGCGUGCUGAUCUGACACGUGUUUUUGUGGCGGGUGAUAGUGCAGGCGCGAAUAUCGCGCAUGAUUUAGUGAUUCGGGUCGGGGCGGGUCAGGACGGGGUCGGGUUGAAGAUUUCGGGUAUAGUCCUGAUGCAUCCUUACUUUGGAAAUGAUGAGGUGACUCCAAUGAUGAAGGUGAUUUUUCCGGGUAUAACCGGGUACGACGACCCGAGAUAUAACCCGGCUGCGAAUCCGGGUUUAAUGGGUGGGAUCCAGUGUGGUAAGGUGUUGGUUUGUGUUGCUGAGAAAGAUAGGAUAAAAGACAGGGGAGUGAAAUAUUAUGAGGUGCUGAAAAAGAGUGGAUUUCGAGGGGAAGUUGAGUUUGUGGAGACCAAGGGGGAAAAUCAUGUGUUUCAUUUGUUUAACCCGGGUUGCGAAAAUGCUGGAGAGCUUAUGAAAUCAGUGGUCUCGUUUUUAAAAAAUUAGAAAUAAAUUAUAUUAUAGCCGGGUCGCACUCUAGUAAUAACAGGAAAUUCCUGAGCGAGUUGCAUAAUUUUCAUGUGUGCGGAAUAUGUGCAGAACAAUAGUUCUCACGUGUUCUAGUUCUCGACUGAGUUUAAUGUAAGGGAUUUCUGGUUCAAUUACUUGAUUCAAUAUGUUGCAUUAUGCACUUAUAAUUGUGCUGAGUAUGACAAGAUAAUUUAUUGUUCUUGUUA